UCAAAUCCCAGGCAGAUGUCUAUGUUCAAGAAGAAACAUUUGUUUGAAGAAGAAAAAUAUUAUUUUCGGUAACACUGACAGCUAACCUAUAUAAGGUGCCAAUCAAAGUGUUUACGGUUUUAUUAACUCAUUUAACACACAACAACCUGUAAGGUAGGUAACUGUUGUCAUUGUUUUACAGACAAGGACUUAACUUGUCCAAGGUCUCACAGCUGGUUGAAUGAUAAGGAUUAUGAGAAGAAUUCCAUUAUUGUCCACUCAGAUUUGCAAUGCCAGGCCCAGAAAUUUCAAUUCACUAAAGGUUGAAUUGUUGUGGAAUCUUCACAAGGUGUUGAAGGCCAGACUCCAGUCAUUCCAUUCAGAAGCUCCAGCAGGGGCAUGUGGAGGCCAAAGGAUGAAAUGUGAACUCAUCCUGCGCCUGAAGCUGAGGGGAACCCAGAGUUACUCAUCACCACAAUCUGAAUUUGUCUGAUGCUGCUGACAGGCACAAACAGAGCGGUUGAGCACUCAGAGUGAAGUCACCUUACCACACCCACAGGCAAGACACUCAAGUAUCCGUGGGUACAGGAAUCUGUCUAGUAACCUGGUUUCUCCCAGCCCGCAGAAAGGAUUCAUGGAAUGAGAAAAAAAAAAAAAAUGAUCUUGAUCUUUGCUAAUGCUUCACUCAAUCUAAAACAAUGUUCCACUCCAUGACUACAUCAAUAGUCUAUGAUCAAAUACAAGAGUAUAAAAGUUAAUAAUUCUUUUUUCCACUUUUUAAUACUUGGCUUAAUAUAGAAUUUUCAUUCUACCCAAAUGGUUAUGUUUCAGAAUUCGUUUUAGCAAACCAUCUGCAAUGUAGAGCUGGCAUAUGAGUUCAAAUGGUGUUGUCAGAAUCUGGUAUCUCUCCACUUUGUUAAUCACGAAGUAAUCACAAAGCCUCUCAGAACUUUGCAUAGGACUAACAUCAAGCCUGUGGAAUUCAUCACUUCCUUAUUGAUCAGGCACCUAAGGCCUCAGGGACUCACCGCUGCAACUCCACUAGUAAGAAAAGGAGUCAAGAUUGGAGUUUUUCUAACUCUGAAGUCCAGAUUCUUAAUCAGUUGUGAGCACCACCUCCCAUUCCCCCAUCAGCUGACAGUCUUCUCAGGAAAUCAACCAGAUUUGUUGCCCUCACACCACAGGCCCAGAUAGCUGUGGUCUACUAAGCAAAUGCAAAUUACCUGAAUCAGGCUGCUGGUGACUCACCAACUCCCAUUUAAAGCAACAUUGGGGUUGGAGGCAGUGAGAGCUCAAGGUAGAAACCAUGGCUCACAGACCCUGCUUCUCCUCCUGGUCAUUGGUCUGCUGGUUGGUAGUAGCUGUGGCAAAAGGACAAGAAGAGGUUGUCACCCCACCAGGAGGCUCACAACAUAUAAACCCUACAGACUGCCAGAUCUUCACACUCACCCCUCCACCCACCACGAGGAAUCCGACAACAAGGGUCCAGCCCAUUACUAGGACACCCAAAUAUCCCUUCAGUCGUAUUACACAAAGAAGGCCUAGAAUCUAUCCUGGGUUUCAAAACAGACAUUUUCUCCCUCCAAGGUGCAACCACCGUUUCCACUUCCAGCCAUUUCCCUGGCCACACGGUCGUCUUAAUUCUCGUAGAUAUUUCCUUGGAAGAAAUCUCCAGAGUGAAAGUUCAUCUGAAGAAAGCAGAGAGAAAAGAGAAGCCAAAAUAUACUGAAGCAAAAAGAGCCAAUGCCUCCAAAAACAUGAAAAUAUUUUUGCUAUCUCUUUCAAAACCAAAAUUAUUGGAUUAGAAGAUAAAGUAAACUA